AACUUUGUAAGAAGAACACUGGUUGUGAAUUGUGAUCUCAGUUCUCAACUGAGUUGUCUACCUUCAAAAAAAAAAAAAAAAACUCAGUUGUCUACCCCCAUACUCCUUCCUCCUACUGGUAGCAGCUUCCUGCCCUAACUUACACCCACACAAACUCUCUCUCUUCACUUUCCAGAGACAGAGAGUGCAACCCAAUGAAUCCGCUAACCCUAGUGAAGCGCAUUCAGAGCAUCAACUCCAAAGAAGCCUCUCUCGGAAUCGGCGAAGAUGCUUCCUGGCACGCCAAAUACAAAGAAUCCGCUUACGUCUUCGUCGGCGGCAUCCCCUUCGACCUCACCGAGGGCGACCUCCUCGCCGUUUUUGCUCAGUAUGGGGAAGUUGUGGAUGUUAAUCUCGUUAGGGAUAAAGGUACCGGAAAAUCCAAGGGUUUUGCCUUCCUUGCUUAUGAAGAUCAAAGGAGCACUAAUCUUGCUGUUGAUAAUCUGAAUGGAGCGCAGAUUUUGGGUAGAAUUAUUAGGGUGGAUCAUGUUGAUAAGUAUAAGAAAAAGGAAGAGGAAGAUGAAGAGACCGAGCGCCAGAAGAGGGAGGCCCGAGGUGUCUGUAGAGCUUUCCAAAGAGGGGAAUGUACUCGCGGCGCUUCUUGCAAAUUUUCUCAUGAUGAGCAAAGAGCUGCAAACACUGGUUGGGGUCAACGUGAGGAUGACACCCCAAAAUGGGGUCAUGACAAAUUCCAGGGUCCCAAAAAGGAGAGACAAUCUGGCAACAACCAAUUAAAUCGUAUUCCUGAAAGUAGAGAUAGAGAUUCACGCCCCAGAUCCCAUGACAAUGAGAAAGGAUCUGACAGCCAACCCAAGAGAAGUGAAAGAAGAGAGGAGAUGUGGAGGCGGCAUGAUGAUGAUCAGGGGAGAGAAAAUAACAGUAGAAGGGAUGAAAAGAGAUUUAAAAGGCAUGAAGAUGAGGAUAAACUUGAAGGAAGAGAUUAUAACAGUAGAAGAGAUGAAAAAAGAUCAAGAAGGCAUGAAGACGAUGAGUCUGAACAUAGGUCUAGAGAAGAUCGAUUUAGGAGAGAGGGGAAAAGAUUUAGAAGGAGUGGUUUUGAUGAUAUGGAACCUGAACCUAGAGAUCAUUGUAGAAGGGAAGACCAGAGGUCGACAAGACCAGAUGAUGUUGAGUUUGAUCACAAGUCUAGGGAUUCUAAUGCAAGGGAGGAUAACAGACCCAGGAAGCAAGAUGACAAUGAGUUUCCAGGUCAGCCAAGAGAAUCAAGAAAGUACAAUGAUGAUGAUUUUGCUGGUAACAGGGAAGAAAGGAGAUCAAGAAAGCACGAUGAAGAAGAUUAUGCACCACGGUCAAGAAAAGACUAUGACAAGAAGCGGGAAAACAGAUCGUAUAGAAACGAUUCUGAUCGAUCGGACCCAAAAGGAAGAAAUGAUUUUGAUAGGAGAGACGAGAAGAGGUCAAGAAGGUAAAAGCGAUUUGAGGCAUGGGAUAUGGGCACCACAGUCCAUUGUUACGAGGAGAAAUAUAUUGGUGUGUUAAACAUCAUCUGAUAAACCGAAAUUUGUUUCAGUGCUUAUAAUAUUUCCACGGUUACUUUGUUUGUCACAUGAUUACUCCCUCUAUGCUGUUAGCGCCGUGAUGAAUUUCCUUUGGAUGUGGUGAGUUUUGAUAAAUAUUGUGUUUGGUUCAAUCAGCUCCAUCUAUCAAUGCUAAUGCAUAAUGAAUAUUUACAUAUAUGGUUUACA